AUGAUCGUGAGAGCGCCGACAGUUCCUGCACUAUCGCAUGUCAAUACAGAAAAGACUGUGAAUUUGGAUACUGUGAAGAAAGGAGAAAUGGAAGGAAAGUCUGUACGUGCUACGAUUGUGCAGAAGACUAUAUUCGUGCUGAAUUCUCAUUCAUUCUCUCUUCUCCUUCUCCUAGGUAAUCAGAAGCCAAUGCGUUUGUUCCUUCACCUAGCCGUUCUAAUACUACUUGGCGGAUUUGGCAACGCCCAGAGACACCCGCGUUAUUGUGCCGGUCUAAGCGAAGAGAAUCCAGUGGAACCACAUCGAAGAUGUAGAAUAGCCUGCAAUGAGUAUAUGGAUUGUGGGUAUGGUUACUGCAGAUUUUUCGGAGAUAACCCUCAACCUAGAUGCUGGUGCAUGGAGUGUAAGAAGAACAGAAGAAGAAGUUACGACUAAUCAAAUUUCUCUUCGACACUUGUUUUCGACUUCUUGGUAUGAGUCCAGAAAUAAUAUGUAAAACGUUCCCGUCUAGAG